GUGUCUUAGUCCUGAUGAAGGAGCCUGAGAUAAGUGUAGAGGGAUUGGGUGGUUUCUUUUUGGCUUUUUGUUGGGUUUUGGGGUUUUUUUCAUUCAUCUUUAUAGUUGCUUGUGUGUUUCUGCUGUUGGUUUAGCAACCUCUACCAGGCUUGCAUUGCAACUUGCUGCAUCUGAUUUCCUGCCAUUACAGCAGUCUUUUUAUGCACAGUGUCUGUAACCUGCACCAUUAAUGCUACGAGAAAAUGUUCUCUUGUUUCUGCAUUCACUCUUUUAAGAAAUAUUUCCAGCCAGAUUUCUAAAACAAGUUUUUAGAUAGAUUACUUUUACAGCGUGAGUAAAACACAGAUCAGAUGUGAUCAGAUUAAAACCACAGGAAAGCAUGAGCAAUUUGCUUACUAGAUGUAGCUGAACUAACAAGGGAGAUAUAAAGGCUGCAUUGAUUUGAGUUUGGAGAAGGUGAAGGGCAUGCUGGUUACUGUGGCAGUGUUCUGCAUAUUUCCAAAAGCUAUUCUCUUGAAUGCACAAAGGCUGUUUUCUGAAUGGUAGCUGACCAAAAAUGGGACUUCAGUCAUAAUGGAUGCAUCACAACUUAAAUGGAAUUAUUAAAUACAGCAGUUAUGCUAAAAUCUGCACAAUUACCUUUGAUACUUACUGUGGCAUGGACUGUAUGUGAAGUUGCAGUAGGAAAAAAUUAGUUACGAACAAGAAGUGCAGAUAACAUUCUAGUCUGUCAGCUUCUUUGUUUAGAUUUUUUCAGGUUUAUUUAUUUCAUAAAAUCCAUUCUGGCAGAAUUUACUCUGAGGAACACUUGUUUUAUGUUUUGUGGAAAGUCAGUGUGAUACUAAGUUAAGUUUUAUACUGAAGAAUUGUCUGUGAUGUGUUAAACAUGUACUCUGUCAGAAGAAAGGAGACUUCAAAAAUUAUGUAUUUGGCUAGCACUGGACCGGCACUAUAAUGGCCAAGUAUUUGGCAUCUGAAUUGUAUUUCACAUGAAGUUGUCUUUGAAUAUUUUCAUAACAGGAGAGGCAGUUUAUUUUGUGUCUCAUACUCAUGAUUCUGAGUAGUCUUUGGGAGAUGACACAUUGUUUACUUUGGUUUCAAUAGUUUUCACAGAAUAAAGCUUCAACAGGAGCUCCAUCAUGAUACAAUUGCCAGGCCUUUUAAGUUGUCUGGGGAUCAUGCCAAUACUCUUUGAAAAAGGACACAGCUAAUUAAUUCUUCCGGUUACUUAGUAUUUCUGGCAUAAAUGAGCACUGGGAUCUCUGUCUCUCUUCAAAAUUAUAAAGUCACAUUGAAGGGGUUAUUUGUAAUUUUGUUUUUUGGUUUGUUUUUUUUAAUAGCUGGAAGCAGUAUGUAAAAUGAUUAAUAAAUGGACAUUACUACAAGAAUAACUUUAUAUUGUACUGCACUCCAGUAUUUAUACGUUUUCCUUUGUAAUUAAACUCUCAUUAAUGAUUUUAGGAAGAAUGAUUUGUCUGAGUCAGCAGUGUUGAAUUUUCCUUCUUCCAAUAAUUAAUUUCUUGAAUAGAUUUUUCUGAUUACUUCUGUAAUGCUGUAUUGCCUUUAUUUAUAUGCCAGAGUCUCUGAAUGAAGCCAGCAGUUUCCUUUGCCUCCUAUUGGUACCGUUUUCUUCUACAGUCUAAUUACUGGCAGUCUUGGCUAUUCACUCUUGCAUUCAUGCCUUUUAUCUUCUGCUUGCAUAUGUAACUUUCUAAAUAUUCUAAGAAUAUUUCUAACAAUCCUGAGUUCCAUGGCUGACAGCAGUGGUGUGUGUUUGUUCCUUAGGCUUGCAUUUGUCAAAGUAACUUUCAGUUCCUUUAAGUUUGGCUCUGGAGAAGGAUCCUGACUCCUUUUGGUAGUUUCUUGCAACAUCAUGGACAUCAAGAACAUUUUUAUUUGUCUGUAUUAGAGAGGCCUCAAAAGGCCUCAUGACCUGUCACUUCAGUCUUCUUUAAGGUUAAUUUGAGUUUAUUAAGAAUCUUUUGGUAUCUUUGAGCUCUUUAGUGGGUUUUUCUUCUUGAAGUGAUGAUUGGAAUGAGACCUUAAUAUUCGUAUGAUACAUUUUUCAUGUUAGAUUGUCAGUGAAGCCAUAUUAGUUGCCUAUCGUAAUUGAAAUUAAGGAAAAAAAAAGGUUUUCUUUUUGUGUUGGAGUAUAUUUCUAUAAAUUAAGAUAGUGGAGGCAGAGCCUCUUUGGUUUACUUCCUCCCAUAUUAGAGUAAAGAUCAUAUUUUGCUAUCCUGGCACAUUUGACGCACGCGUGCAGACAUUUAUCAGCAAAUUUAGUAAAGUUAUAAUGCCUGCAGGUAUCUGCUUGAUGCUAAGCUACCAAAACUUUCAAGUACAGUAGAAAAAAUAUUAAAAAAAAAAUCUCCCAAGUUUUGCAUGCUACCAACAAAUAAUUGAACUUUGCGGGCUUUGAAUGAUGACCCAUAAUUCAUUUUAUGCCUCGUGAAGGUGCAGACAAAUUCUUCUGUAGCACUUUUGAAUUUUAAGGUAAUUGUUAUAAUACUUUGCUGUUUCAUAGUAAUAAAUGGAAAUUGUGGUAGUUUUGUGUUUUAUCAAGACUUCAGACACUAAAAAAUGAGUUAGAAUACAAAAUACUUCAUUGAAAUUAACACUGGGGUGACAAUGUGGAACAUUUGUUUUAAAUACUGUUUUUUAAAAUUUAUUCUCUGUGGAUUUUUUGAAAAGACUACAUGCGUUAAUCUCUUUCCAUGGAGUUUUUGCUGUACUAGCUGUGAAGCUGCUGUUUUGGUGAUACAAUUUAAAUAAAGAGUAAAUACAAAAUUUUGGUACUGUACAAGGAACUUGAGAUUGAGAUCAUAGAAUUUGCUCUUCUGAAAUGAUAGAGCAUAUUGCAAAGUGGUUUGCUUUAGUGUAGGUUAGAGAAAUCGGAAAAAAAUUCAGCAGUCUUAGGAGAAUUGAGGGGGGUUAACUAUUUAGCAGGAAGUUUUAUGGACUGCUUAGUAGAAGAGGGGUGGAAAAAUGGCACUUGAUAUUGAAUUAGGGUAAACCAUCUUGUCAGAUUUGAAGUUUAGUGAGAGAAAUAUUGCAGUACAGUCUUUGAUAAACAAUAUAAUUGUUUAGUUUUUUAAUUUGAACAGUGUUUUUCCUUAUUUCUUUAAAGAAGGUGCAAGAUCAGUAGUGUCUUGUCACUGCUCAGAUUGAUCUAGCGCUGUAAGCCAUUGAAGAAAUAACAUAGGUGCACUUCCAGUGAGACAUAAACUGAGUAACUUUUUUAAUUGCUCUGCUGCUGCCACAGAGAAAGUGAUUAAAAUUCAUGGAGAUGCUUGAAUAAAAUUUUCUAAUUUAAGAGGUAAAUGUACAUUGGAGUUAGCUAUGUCAGGGUUUUUAUGAACCGUAUGGUCACAUUCAUUUAUAAUACUAGUUUAUAUGAAGAAGAUACCAUUCCUUUAACAUGCAGGUCCAUUCUUUGAAGAUUUAUUGGUAGAAAUUCUUGAUAAAAGCCUGUAGAUAUCAUAUGGUCUGGACAGAUAAUUUGUAUUAAUGUGUUGAUUGGGUGAUUGUGGAAUAGCUCUUCAUGAUUUCAUUCAAAGCAGGAACAGAAUUAGUUAAAGAAACCUAAGUUGUUGCAGUGUUAUUUUCUUCUAGUAAUAAUUUCAGAGUAUUCUGAAGUAUGUUGGGUGAAAAACAAGUAGGCAAUUACUAGUAAAUUCUGAAACUUAGAGACAUUGAACUUAUAUCCACAAUAUCCUCCUUACAGUAAACAAAAACAGUGAUGGUAAAGGUAAAAAUGCAGGUACAUUCAAAAGUGGAGUGAACACUAUUUUCCGAUAUUUGAUGUGGACUACUUUGCAUUUAGUUUUGUUUAAAAUAAGUAAAAAUGCUGUUCUGAAACCAGAUAAUUUUAAUACUUGGAUAAAUCAAGUCCUUUUUUUGUUCUUAUUGUAUUUUAUAAUAUCAGUAUAAAACCAGAUACAGAAGGAAACUGAUCCCCAGAUAUGUCUAUAAAUGGGCAAUUUUCAAGAUUAUGAGUGCAUGAAGAACAAUUACUUAGCCAGAGAUAUCGCACGGGAAAGCAUCAACAUAAAGUAGUGACUUAGGUUGCAUAAUUGAAAGGGGAUUUUGUAUGUGUGUUUCAGUUUUUUGUGGAGUGUUCUUUUGUUGCAUCAGAAGUGCCUGCUCUUGGUGUCUCAAGGCUUUCCUUUCUCUUCCAGAAAAUGCUGGGACAGAAGAGAUGAGUACUCCCUUGACUAAGGCCUAAAACUGCCUGUAGAAAAACAAUCCUGACCAGGCAAUAUACGAAUGGCCCAAGGAAGCCAGCAAAUUGAUAUUCAGGUUUUACAUGACCUGCGACAGAAGUUUCCUGAGGUACCUGAAGGUGUUGUAUCCAGAUGCAUGUUACAGAAUAACAAUAAUUUGGAUGCCUGUUGUGCAGUUCUCUCUCAGGAGAGCACAAAGUAUCUCUACGGUGAAGGAGACCUGAGUUUUUCGGAUGAUUCUGGGAUUCCUGGACUACGAAAUCACAUGACAUCUCUUAAUUUGGAUUUGCAGUCACAGAACGUCUAUCACCAUGGAAGAGAAGGAAGUAGAAUGAAUGGAAGUAGGACUCUAGCUCACAGUGUUAGUGAUGGACACCUUCAAACCAGUCAGUCCAACAAUGAACUGUUUCAGCAGGAACCACAGACAGCACCUGCGCAGGUUCCACAAGGAUUUAAUGUCUUUGGGAUGGCUAAUACAGUUAGUGCUUCUAAUCCAGGGCAGCAUCUUGGAUUUCACCUAGGCAGCAAAGGAGUAUCUAACUUGUCUCAACAAACACCCAGAUUCAACCCCAUUAUGGUAACUUUAGCCCCAAACAUCCAGCCUGGUCGCAAUACCCCAACAUCUUUGCACAUACAUGGUGUACCUCCUCCUGUACUUAACAGUCCCCAGGGAAAUUCUAUCUAUAUUAGGCCUUACAUCACAGCUCCUAGUGGUACCACUCGACAGACACAGCAGCAGCCAGGCUGGGCAUCUCAGUUUAAUCCCAUGCACCCUCAGCAAGUCUACCAGCCUUCUCAGCCAAGUCCCUGGACUACUAUUCCUACAUCCAGUACUACGCCACAUACCUCAUCGCAACACUCAACACAGCCAAACCAGCAAGGCCACCAGACUUCUCAUGUGUACAUGCCUAUCAGUUCUCCUACUACUCCACAAGCACCUAUGAUUCAUUCAUCUGGUAGCUCACAAUCUUCUGCUCAUAGCCAAUACAACAUUCAAAAUAUAUCCACAGGACCUCGCAAAAAUCAAAUUGAAAUCAAACUUGAACCACCACAAAGAAACAGUUCCUCUAAAUUGCGUUCAACUGGCCCUCGCACCUCCACUGUUCCCUCUUCCCUCAACAGCCAGACAUUAAGUAGAAGUCAACCCACUGUUUACAUAUCGGCCAGUCCUCCAAAUACUGAUGAAGUGAUCACACGUGGUCAGCCCAAGGUCUACAUUUCAGCAAAUGCCACGACAGGAGAUGAUCAACUUGUGCGGAACCAGCCCACACUUUUCAUAUCAACAAAUCCUGGAGUAUCUACUACUGCUAGGAAUAUGUCUGGUCAAGUAAGCAUGGGUCCUGCAUUUAUUCAUCACCAUCCACCCAAGAGUCGAGCAGUGGGCAACAGCACCACUGCAACUUCUCCUCGAGUGGUUGUUACGCAGCCUAACACAAAAUAUACUUUUAAAAUUACAGUUUCUCCAAAUAAGCCCCCUGCAGUUUCCCCAGGGGUAGUGUCCCCAACUUUUGAACCUACAAACCUUCUAAACCUUCCUGAUCACUAUGUUGAACCAGAGGGUAUCCAGCAUCUUACUGACCCUGUUUUAGCACAUGUGGAUAGGAUCAGUGAUGCACGGAAAUUGAGUAUGGGAUCUGAUGAUGCUGCCUACACGCAAGCUUUACUGGUACACCAGAAGGCCAGGAUGGAGCGACUUCAACGAGAGCUUGAGGUUCAAAAGAAAAAGUUGGAUAAACUAAAAUCAGAGGUCAAUGAAAUGGAGAAUAAUCUAACACGAAGGCGCCUGAAAAGAUCGAAUUCUGUUUCCCAAAUUCCAUCACUGGAAGAAAUGCAACAGUUAAGAAGUUGUAACAGACAGCUGCAGAUAGACAUAGAUUGCCUAACCAAAGAGAUUGAUCUUUUUCAAGCAAGAGGACCACAUUUUAAUCCCAGCGCUAUUCAUAAUUUUUACGAUAAUAUUGGAUUUCUUGGUCCCGUGCCACCAAAACCCAAAGAUCAGAGGCCCACUGUGAAAACACCAAAGACUGUUCCAGACACAGAUGAAGAUGAGGGAGCUCAGUGGAGUUGUACCGCCUGUACUUUUUUAAAUCAUCCAGCCUUAAAUCGCUGUGAACAGUGUGAAAUGCCCAGGCAUUUCUGAGCCAACAGGCCCAUUACCUUCCGUAAAACCAUAGCAAUAGUACAAGGAAUUGUCCAGGCAUUGGGGGGCAAAAAACGCAUUUAUGCAUAGGAUUUUGUAAAAUGGAAGGUGUGACGAGAUGGCGUUUUGCUAAUGUUAAAUGUCAGCCCACAGAGCAAGCAAUACCUCAGAGUUGUGUCACAGGCAGUUGACGCUGAUCGGCUGAAGGGCAAUCGGCUGAGAGACUCGCCAGCUGCCUAAACCAUGUACAGUAUUACCAGUAACACACACCGUGUUCAGUGCCUGGGUGUUGCCCAUCCUCUUCUCUGCCCCCAUGUCACUGCUGAAUUUUGACAGGGGAAAGGAAUAGAGUGCUAGUGUUUUUGUUUUCAGAGCUUUCAGUGAAACACUACAUGCACAGAGGAGAUCUUAAAAGGAACAAGGUUUAAAUAUUUAAACUGUUUGCUGCCACAUAGUGCCUUUGAUAAAGGGAAGAACUUCACAAAUCAGUGGUACUCCUUGCCUUGUCUUCCCUGAAAACAUCUCUGUGAAACCAGAAAUCAGUACAAUCACAUCUAAAGAUGAAAAGGAAAAACUGCAUGCGUUGUCUGUACGAUACACACAGUGAAAUACCCCAAAGCUUUUCCUACUGUACAUAGCUCUAGAGCCUGCUUUAAGUGAUUUCUUUUCCUCACCUUUAUUAUUUUCUUGUACUUCUGUAUGUAUAAUAGUGUAAUAGUCUUUUUGUUAACUUUCUUUUUUUCCCUUUAAGUGAUUAAGCACGAUCAUGUCCCUUUUUUUAAGCUUUUAUCUGAGAGAAGCAAUGCCUUAAAAUAAGAGCAUUAAUAAGAAACUAUGCACAAAAUAGCUUUCCUCUGCUCGUUCUGUACAUUGCUCUUGUAAAUGCUGAUGAUCUGUGAAGACCUGCAGAUGCAGCGUGGUAAAAGUGCAGGAAAAGUUGGAAGAAUUAUGCAUAUAGUUCACUCUGUACACUGAGUUUUACGGUGGGUGACACAAAGGGAGCAUUUUGUCUGGUGUGAGGAAACUUUAUACUAGGAAACUUUCAACCCACCAACAGAUCAGCAUCCGAGUUAAGCUUGCUUCAUCUGCUGGGUGUCUUGCAGAUUCCUGAAGAGAGAUUCAUUGGGGAAGUACAUACAGUGCCAAAAUCAACAGCAGCAGCAUCAUACAGCUUUGUUCAAGGACUUUAAAUGCUUUCCUGUUUUGGCAGCCAGUUUCUAAACCUGACUUUGUGGUGAAGUCUCAUAUUUAUAGAAAACAAGGAUAGCAAUAUUUAGGACAACUGAAAUAAAGGCUGGAAAAGAGAAAUCAAACAGACUUGAACACUGAAGCAACCUCAAGCAUCUCUUUUGUUUUGAUGAUCUAUUUUUUUAAGGAAAAUAUUCACAUGAUCGGGGAUGUAUGUAACAGAGAUCAAGAAAAUGGAAUUCCAGUACAUUAUGCAUAAAAGACGGCACGCAAAGAAUUAUGUAGCAGCAGCACUUAGUGAGGCUGGAGGGAGUGCUAACAAUGUAGCAAGAGACAAAGUAGACUGUCACCCACUGUAAACAUCUUCCAGUGGACACUUUUAUUAGGAGUUUUACAAGUGAUCUAUGUGAAUGCACAGAGGCCUUUGUUUUGAAGGCUUUGCAUUUUUUUUUUUUUAUGUGGGAAAAAAAUGUCAAUCCCAGGUAAUUAGGCAGUAGACCCAAAGCACUUGCAUUCAAUGCAUUUUGUUUAUAAAAUGAGGCCUUGUUUUUCAGCUUCAUCUGCAGUUCUAUGUGAAGAUUGACAAAUCAGUUUUUACCUGUUUAUUAAUAAAACCUAAUUUGGAUAUCUUUGAGUUGAUGGUUUUGUGAUUUAGCUGGGUAAACUGCCUUUGUAACAGAUAAGUUAUUUAUAAAAAUUAAAAAAAAUAUUCUAAUGUUU